AGCUGCCAGCGCUCUUCAAAGUUGUGUGUAGCUGCUUCUCUUUUGCUGCUGACCGUCCAACUAGUUUAUGGAGAUUUAGCUGUGAGGUGGGAGACACAGCAUUUUCCGAUAUCCGCAACGAAAAGUUGACGAAAGUUGACGAUCGGCGGCGAUUUGUUCUUUUCGAGAUAGUAACCAUAAGUCGAGCUGUGGAAAGAAUCUAUUCUACGUAUAUACGUCCUCUUUGUUUCUGAGACGUCCUAAACGAACCAGCUAAGGAGAGAUGGCAGCCAUAAACGUCUACUCCAACGUGCUGGAGAGAGGCGAUUUGUCGGGGAUCCGGGGCAGCAGCCCGUUCGGCGGCGAAGCCGAGGAGCGAAGGAGCCCGGUGGAACUACAGCUGUCAGAGGUGGAAGAGAUACUGGAGCAGAACACUGCGGCUGUUCCAGAGCUCGAGCCCUCCCAGCAACAACAGCAGAGGCAGGACGGAGAGGGAAGUUCGAGGACCGCUUGGACCGCGAGCAGCGACCCGAACGACGAGACCUCUGCAGCCGAGGAAGAAGAGAGAGAGGGAGAAGAGGAAGAGAGCAGCAGCGACACCAUGACAGAGUCCCAGGAAGACGUCCUGUCCACGGAGACGCCGCCCAGCGAGCGGCGACGCAUGAGCCUAGCGGAGGGGUUCUGGGCCUGCCUUAGUCCCGUGGUUACCACGUUUUGGAAAGGAGGACGCGAGAAAGUCGGGCAGGGCACGGGGAGCGGGGAGGAAAUAGCGUUCGCGGACAUAAAGCAACUGGAGUUUGUGGGGUCUGGUGCUCAGGGAGCGGUGUUCAGCGGCGAGUAUCGCGGGGAGAAAGUGGCAGUGAAGAAGGUGAAGGAAAAGUCUUACUGCAAGGAGAUCUGUCAGCUGAGAAAACUCAGUCACAGCAACAUCGUCCAGUUCAGGGGUGUAUGCACGAAACCACCCUGUUUCUGUGUAGUGAUGGAGUUCUGCCCUCAGGGCAAUCUCUACGACUACAUCCGCUCCACGAGGGAGAUCCUCCCCCCACAGGUGGUCUGCUGGGCUCGCCAGAUUGCAGACGGAAUGCUCUACCUCCACUCCAAGAAGAUCAUACACAGGGACCUCAAAUCACUCAACAUCCUAGUGUGUGACGACCACUCUGUCAAGAUAUCCGACUUUGGCACCAGCAGAACCAUAGGCGACAACAGCACUAGAAUGACCUUUACAGGGACUGUGGCGUGGAUGUCACCCGAGAUGCUGAGACAUGAACCCUGCUCCGAGAAGGUGGACGUCUGGUCCUAUGCCGUCCUAUUGUGGGAGAUGCUCACUCACGAAAAGCCCUAUAAUAAUGUGUGUACGUCUGCUAUCAUAUGGGGAGUGGGAAGUAACAAGCUCAACCUCCCCAUCCCGUCCACCUGUCCCUCCGGCCUCAAGAUCCUCCUCGAGAUGUGCUGGCAGCAGAAGCCGAAACAUCGACCGUUGUUCCGCCAGAUUCUGAUGCACCUCGACAUUGCAGCCGGAGCUUUCCUGGCCAUUCCACCCGAGACGUACCUCAAGACACAGGUUGAUUGGAGGGCAGAGAUAGAGGUUCACCUAAAGAAGAUACGGCAGGAAGGACUGGCUCCACCUCAGCCCGACACCCAGCUGGUCCAGCAGAGAGAGGAGGAACUAAAACAUGCCCAGGACGUGAGGCAGAUGUACCAACAGAAGCUGCGCAACGCCAAUCGACUCUACCGCAGACUCAGUACAUGUAAGAAAGAGAUGGAUGCCAAGGAACUGCAGCUACUCAGGAGGGAGGAGAAACUCCAUGCAAUGAUACACAACAUGAGACGCCACGACCAGCCGGCCAGUCGAACGGUCCUCGAAUCCUCCGACUCCACGGAUGACAUCGACCACACCGGCCGACAUCUGCCCCCUCCUCCCCUCUCCCCCCUCACUCCCCCUCCUUCCACCCAUCUCCCCACACACGACAACAACACCGUUAAUUUCGGGACUCCGCCCACCUCGUCUCGUAAGAAACCACACCCCCGACGGAAGAGGCGAUCGACUGACCGAACCAGUCCUGAUAAGGAUAUCCAGCCCCUGGCCACACACACACAUCAACCUCUCGAUUCAAAGACCAAUCUCCCAUUAGUUCCCAGGACACUAGGGGCCCAAUUCUCCCCCCGGGACCAAAAAACCACCGUGAAAAUGGUCCCCACUGGACUAAACCUCGAGGGAACCAAUCACACCGACGGGGCCCAGCGUUCAAUUGAGGGGGGCUCGAAAUCGGAUGACUCUCUGGAACCCCCGAUUACCCCGGGGGGCACCCUGUCCCCAGCGGUGGACGAACUCUUACGCAGCCUUCAACAGAAGGCUUCUCCCUCGCCCUCCUCAACAAGAGAUAGGACCCACAGGAGAACAGGGUCGGGCGGUUCAGCAAACCUACUGCCACAAGGAAGGAGAAGCAGCUCUACCACAAGCACGCCAGGCUCCGGGAGACACAGUGGUGUGCUGGAGAUGGCUGGUGUGAGACGUACCUCUUCACCUUCCCUCUCCCCCUCUCACUGGAUUCGUUCCAACAAACAACACCAGCAGCACCAUCAGCAACAACAGACCACACCGCUACUCAGGGAGCACAGAGAGAAGAUGAUGUCGUCGGUGCCCUAUUCCAAACUGGACUCGUCCGAUUCCAAUUCCGACACGGAGACCUACAGGGAACAGGACAACAGCAGUUACUCGGGGACCUCUUCUGUCCUGAAUAGUGGUGUCCUAAAAACACAUCGGGAGAGUCAGCUGCUUUCCUCUACUCAUGCAUGUGGGGGUCAAAGUACAACCACACCCACCAAUCACCACCAGCUUCCUAUAAUUCAUCUUCUUCCUGCCCCAAAAACAACUCUCCAGCCUCCGCCGGUGUAUUCCCCUGCACUUAGCAACGAGAGCAGCUGUGACAUCACGGGAACAGAGGGACACGACGCGGACUCUGAAUCAGACUGUGGGGAGACCGAGAGCGCCACAGAGGAUCACUACCCUACCACCACCGCCACCACAAACACCGAGACCAUCUCACACUCCUUCUCCCUCUCCCUCUCUCCGACGUUUUCCUCAUCUGUCACUCCACACCCUCCGUCCACCUCCUCCGAUCACUACAACACCUCCCCCCUCUCCUCCUCCUCCCUUGGUUCGCCAGUUCCCCCCAAUUUCCCUUCUUCCGUUCCCCUCAAAUUCCCCUCCUCCUCCUCGCCAGCCGGCACACCGCGGCUGCUCUCCCCACCACCUCUCACUCUCACUGAUGAUAGAGAGCCGGAUUUUACAAUCAUCACCGCCAUGGAAGAGGAGGGAGAAAUCGACACACGUUCACCGAGAGACGAACCAACCUGCACAACUAGUGAGGAAGAUGUGUGUGAGAGCAGCAUCACCAGCCAGGGACAGGUAGCAAUGCUCAUAUCGCAGUUUGAAGUCGGCCUCAACGAAUCAAUGACAGCUUCAGGCAAGGAGAGAGAUUACACCGAAGCCCCUGUUUGUGAGCCAGUUUCGUCAGCCGAGGUCGAACCGGAGAGCCCGAGGCUCGAAAUACCACUGCACAUCCGCCGCAAGCAACAGCAACACCACCAGAAUCUAACGAGAGGGUCUUACUCGCCGGUCAAAGUAGAACAGGCCCUCUCCCUCCUCCAGGACAGCGGUCUCGGGAAUUCCACGACCAUUGUCAGACAUUUCUUUGAGAAUAUCGUGAGCAAAGGCCCACCGGAAGAGGUCGGGAUGAACAGGACCUACAACACAACCACGGAACUUGAAGAUAGCGGAUUUCAGAGUCCGCUGGCUGGAGCCCUGUAACAAUCAAACUCACGAAAGAACUUCUUAUGUAUAUAGCUACCAUGUAUUUAUACAGUGUGCCAAAAUAUCCAAUCAGUUAUUAUCAGUUUUUCACACAAACCCUAUUGCCAUCUUCUUGUAGAUUAUUAUGACACUAAACUACGUAGCUAUAUAUCAUGCAGCCAGCUAUUACCAUGCAUGCGGACUGACUGCAUUGGAGAAAAAAAUUUGUUGCAAAUCUUUUGCGAAUGGUAUGUUGGCCUUG